CACGGCGUCGUGGCGCGAGAUAUGCGGAAGAACGCUGCUACGUCGUAGUAAACGGCUUAACAACGAAAAUGCCGCGUUUAUAACAUGGCCAGCGAUUAUAGGUCUUACUUUAGUAUUUAAGAAUUUAAUAAUAGUGGUUUGAGAAGUUUCUAGCAUGUUAGAUUAAAGAAGGAACAUAGAAACAGAACAAUAACUGAGCUCGAUAUUGUUUUAGUGAUAGUUCAGCAGCGACACGUGGCCGUUUCCUCUAACCAAAAGGAGGGAUAAAAGAUUAUCGUCGUUGCUCUCCGUUACUUGCCUCUUUUUCUACCUCUUCGUUGACUACACCCGCUGCUUGCCAGAUGGAGAAGCAGCCCUUGCCAGCUGAUGAUGACAAGACAGAAGCCACAGAAGUUGAUGGGCUCACUGGAGAGAGCAGCCCGCAGGAGACGUCUGAGCCAGACGCCCGAGCUGGAUGGAACAGUAAAAUAGAGUACUUUUUGGCUCAAGUGGGAUUCAGCGUUGGACUCGGCAAUGUCUGGAGGUUUCCGUAUUUGUGUCACCAGAAUGGAGGAGGAGCCUUUCUCCUGCUGUACAUCCUGCUGAUGCUACUUGUGGGCAUCCCCUUGUUCUUCCUGGAGUUGGCAGCCGGUCAAGCCAUCCGACAGGGCAGCAUCGGAGUAUGGAAAUACAUCUCACCCAGGCUGUCCGGCAUUGGUUACUCCAGCUGUGUGGUUUGUUUCUUUGUGGCUCUCUACUACAAUGUGAUCCUUGCAUGGAGUCUUUUCUAUCUCGGGAACUCAUUCCAGCACCCAUUACCUUGGGAGAAGUGCCCAGAAGAGGGGAAUGUAACAGUAAAGGAAUGUAGCGAGAGCUCUCCCACGUCAUAUUUCUGGUACCGCAAAGCUCUGGAUAUCACAGAUUCAAUCGAUGAGACAGGUUCUUUCAACACUUACAUCGUCUGCUGUCUGCUGGCAGCCUGGACCGUCGUGUGUCUGGGGAUGUUCAAGGGUAUCAAGACGUCUGUAAAGGUGAUGUAUUUCUCUUCCAUCUUCCCAUACGUGGUGCUGUUCUGCUUUCUCAUCCGAGGGCUCCUGCUGGAUGGAGCCUUUCAAGGAAUCGGCUUCAUGUUCUACCCCAAGUUGGAAAUCUGGGCAGAUGUGCAGGUGUGGCGACAGGCAGCUACGCAGGUUUUCUUUGCGCUGGGCCUUGGCUUUGGGUCCAUUAUCGCCUACUCUUCCUACAACCCCAGGAACAACAACUGCCACCGUGAUGCCUUCACCGUCUCCUUCAUAAACUUCCUCACAUCUGUGCUGGCUACUCUGGUGGUCUUUGCCGUGCUUGGUUUCCGAGCUAAAAACAAGGCCAUGGAGUGUGUAGCCAGCAACUUGAGUGACCUGUCAAAACACUUUCACGAAGGUCUUGUGCCCAAUAACGUGAUGCCACUGUUUAACUACUCUGAUCCCAAAUCUGUGGCUCUGGAGGACUACAGAGUCUGGGUCAAACAGUAUGGAUCUAUGGUGCCUGGCAAUUUAACAGACUGUGACCUGGAAAAAGAAAUGCAGAAGGGUGUGGAGGGAACAGGUCUAGCUUUCAUCGCCUUCACAGAGGCCAUGACCCUCCUGCCUGGCAGCCCUUUCUGGUCCGCCCUCUUCUUUCUCAUGCUACUCAAUCUUGGACUCAGCACUAUGUUUGGCACUAUGGAGGGCAUCCUCGCCCCCCUGAGUGACCGCUUCAAAUGUCUGGCGAGGAACAAAACCAAGCUCACAAUUGCCAGCUGCAUCAUUGGCUUUCUGCUCGGCCUGCUCUUCACCCAGCGCUGCGGGAACUACUUUGUGAUGAUGUUCGAUGAUUACUCUGCCACACUGCCACUCAUCAUCGUGGUGGUUUUUGAGACUUUCAGUGUGUCUUGGUUGUAUGGAGCUGAUAGAUUCCUUAACGACAUUGAAGGAAUGCUGGGCUGGCGUCCCAGUGUUGUUUACAAAUACCUGUGGAAAUACAUUUGCCUGCUUGCUAUGCUUGGGCUGCUCGGAGCCACCACUAUCCGCAUGUUCCUGUCUCGCCCCACGUAUAUGUCAUGGAACCAGGAAAAGGCUUCUGAGGAGAAUUUGGAAUAUCCUGAUUGGGCUCUGGCUGUUUUGGCUUUAUUAAUCAUAUUUGCCACAUUGCCCGUGCCAGUGGGCUUCAUCCACGCUUUUCUACAAAAGAGAAACACACAAACUUCCAGGGAUGCAGAGAAUGGUCACUACAGGAUGGUUAACACUGAGGAAACUGCUAUGACCGACUUUUCAGCACUGGAACAUAGGAAUGGGGACGCUGCUCCGGUUUCCUAAACCCUCAACAAAUGGGCUGUGUUUAAGGAGAAGGAACUUAUCAGUGAUAUAUAAGCUGAUGUAUUAUAAAAGACACAGUCAGUUUGUUACUGAGCCUUGGGGUUACCUCACAUGUUCAAAAUGCGAAACACAUCUACAUAAUGCCAGCUGUUAAACUCGGCCUCUGUGAAGGCGAUGAAUUACAUUAAAAGAGGAAGUUAAGCAAGAAAGGUGAUAAGCUGCACAGCUUCUCUGCUGUUGCUCACAGAAUGAUGGAAGAAGCUGGAUUGUAAUCCAGGGUCUUCACUAAAAGGACAUGAGUUCCCAGGAGUCUGUGACCUGUAGUAUUAAACUAUGUUUUCUGUUACUACCACUAAUUACAGAUGCUGCCAAAUUAGUCAGAAAUAUUCCAAAUGGCCAUUUUAAUAAUUUCCCUUCUUUUUAAACUUUUAAAGUCAAAAGUAGAUCUAGAUGCUAAAGAUGCUCCAGCAGCUUUUAAAAAGUUUGUGGGAUGGAGCAAAUAAUUUAUUGGUUUGUGAAAACUACUAGGUAAAAUUUCCAUCAAGUUAUUUUUACCAAAGUUAGUGUCCAAAUAAGCAAAAAUAUGCUUUUAAUAUAAGACAUAAAUAUUCUGUGAUCCCAAAGCAAGUGUUGGCAAGCAGAGUUUGGACCAUCAGAGCCUCUGCUCCUGACCACUGCCCAGUCCACAAUGUAUGGAACCACACAGUACCUCCUGCUGGCAGGGAUGACAAACAGUUGUUUUGUUAAUGUUGUUACAUACUUAACAUUCAUUUACAUCCUCCUUUCAUUUUCGUAGUUUCUUUUCCUUCUGUUCGUCAUUCAUUACAAUAACCUGUGAAUUGUGAUUGAUCAUGAGCCGGCUGAGCUACUACAUCAUUAACCGUUCACUGCUGUCUCUGUUGAGGUCAGACUUGCGGUGACUGCCAAAUAUUUUCAUUGUAUGUUUAUUUUCUUCCUGAGCAACUUGGAUUAAUACUUACAGUACAACGCAGUACAAGUUUACUAUCACGUUUACUCCCGAAAUUAGUCGCUUUAGCUACGUAUGCUGCUGUUCAGCACAACAUGUUUACAGUCAAGAAAACACAAGCGAGACCAGACUCUGUGUUUGAACUUGAUAAGAUAUUAAACACUACGUAAGCAGGUGUAGCUGCUCAGGUUAUAAUAAACAUGCAGGCUAGCAUUAUUUGUUCAAGGAAACAGCUGAUAAAUGUGUGGUGAGGUUUUUAUGUCCUCUGUUUUUUAAACUCCUCGGUAACAAAGCCAGUGCAAAAAAAAUCAGCACGUCUGUAUUUAGAGUACAAAGACUGACUGAAGCUGUUGUCAAGUGACAUCAUGCCUAAUGCAACAAAAAGAUAAAAAGAUAUUUCUAUGAUGUGUAUAUAUGUAAAUGGUACAUGUAAAAUAGUUUUAAACAAUAGCUAAACUUUUUGUAGUUGUAAAUGGGAAAUUGCAUAAAGGACCUUUUGUGUAUGUUUUUUGUAAAGAUUAAUAUAUUUUUUAGACUUCAUUGCUCUGUCAUAUCGUCUCACAGCUGCAGUGUUUUCUGAUGUAGUUUUUCCGUUUUAGCAGGAUACAGCUGAAUGAAUUGACUUGAUGGAUCAUUAUGCUGUUUAAUCCCGGGUGCCUUUAGCUCUAAUAGGGCAGAAUGAACAAACCGUUAAAAGCAUCCCAGCGUUCUUGUAAUUUUAAAAACAUUUGUUUUGACAUUGCAGUAGUGUGUAAGUAGGACGUGAGUUUGUAUAAUGUUCAAAAUGUAUGUAAGAUACUAUUGUUGUAUUAUAUGUUGCUGUUCUUUUAUUAAUAAACUUUAGCAUCUCA